UUUUUUUUCUGUGAGCGUCUCUAUUGGCUCAAACACACAAAGUCACCACCUGGAAUAUAUUUCAGUCGCCUCAAGCAACUCUUCAUUUUCCAUCGGCUUCCAAGAACUGUGCAGUAAACUACUUUUUAUUAGCGAACUUCCGUGUCAACUAAAGCAAGAAACGCGUUUCAGUAUCGGACGGCAAUAAUAUGGAAACUUCUCAAUCGCACUCGGGAGGUGCCAGCCCUAUUACUGAACAAUUGCUUGCCUAUGGACAACCUUCUGUGUCAAUGCAUAACCCAGCUCUGUAUAGGCAUCAAGAUCUCACUGCAGCAGCUGCCGCAGCAGCCAUUGCUGUAGCACCUUCAGCCACUGCGCAGGCAGCGGAAGAAGAGCCACUUUAUGUCAAUGCCAAACAAUACCAUCGCAUUCUCAAGCGUAGAGCUGCUCGAGCAAAGUUGGAAGAAAUGAAUAGAGUAGCUAAAACACGGAAACCGUAUUUACACGAGAGCCGGCACAAGCAUGCUAUGCGACGACCUAGAGGCCCUGGUGGCCGUUUUUUAACUGCUUCAGAAAUCGCGGAGCUCGAGAGACAGGGCAAGUUGGACAAAGAUGGCAUGUUGAAAAUGGACGCUGACCUUUCGUCACUAUCCUCUCAUGCUGACAAUACCCUGCAUGAGGCCAUGGUGCCCAAUGGCUCUCGAAGCUAAUGGACAUUUUUCACCUUUUAUCGACUUGUUAUAUUUUCCGCUCAUAAAACUAUCUAAGAAGAAAUGCUUCUAUUUCAUAACCUUUUUCACUUCAUUCCUUUGUUGUUUCCCAUAUACGUAGCAUCAUCGGGUUUCCCUUCUUUUGUGGUAUACAUCUUC